AUGCUGGGGAAGCCAACCGCGUGGUCCCGCGGCCGUUGGGUUGGACGCCCUGGCCUUGGCGCCUCCGCCCGCUGUGUAACCACCGGCAAGCUCCGCACCCGCUCAGCGGUUAUCGUGCCCACUCCCACCAACGUGGCUGCUGGCAUGCCCAGCGGCAAAGUGAGAUACGCAAAGCUCUCCAGCCCCGACAGCGGACAAAUUAACAGUCAGAAGGAAACUUCACCUUCCAAAGAGAGCUUAAAGCCGAAAAGAUGCCCAGGUGUCGUAGGACCUCAUGUAUUGGAGAAAAGCUGUACUGACAUUCCUUUUAAGGCCAUUGCCUGCGCCUUCUCACAGUUUUUGGUUGGUGCUUUUCUCAUUAUUACGGGCUGCCUCCUGCUGGCAGGCUAUAUCAGCAAAGUGGGCGCCAAUCGAGCCUUCCCAGUCCUGACUGUCGGCAUCCUGGUGUUCCUCCCCGGGUUUUACUACCUGAUCGUCGCCUACAGAGCCUACCGAGGCUGCCAGGGCUGCUCCUUCCGUGACCUUCCGGAUUUUGAUCACUAG